GGUUUGUUUGCUAUUUUUUUUAGGUAACGGUACGAUCGAUUUCCCCGAGUUCCUGACGAUGAUGGCCCGCAAGAUGAAAGACACCGACAGCGAGGAGGAGAUCCGUGAAGCUUUCCGGGUGUUCGACAAAGACGGUAACGGUUUCAUCUCGGCGGCCGAAUUGCGCCACGUCAUGACCAACCUUGGCGAGAAGCUCACCGACGAAGAAGUCGAUGAGAUGAUUAGGGAGGCGGACAUCGAUGGCGACGGUCAAGUCAAUUACGAAGAGUUCGUCACCAUGAUGACUUCAAAGUGAAGUGGUUGUGUGUAUGCAUUUCAGCUUUCCAUUGUUUCAUCCCGGCCCAUUAAUCUACAUUUUUCAAACAACUGGAACUUUUUGCUUGGCUGCCGGGCCACACUAAAGUGAAUAACAUUAAAAAAAAAAAGGUUAUUUAUUUUACAAGACAUGUUUAAUUAAAUAAAAAUAAUUAUAAAUUAAAUAUAAUUGUGUAAAUUUUUGUAAUAUAUUUGUUUUCAAUUGAUGGUUAGUGUUUAGUACGGUGCAACAGUAUAUAUUGAAGACAAAAAAAAACAGAAAAGUUUCAGUUCUCCUUCAUCAUGAAAAGAUAAAUAAAUUAAUAAUAAUACCAACAACAACACAAACACAUAUAAUUAUUAGUUUUUUUUCUUUUUCAAAAUAAAAAAAAAACAUUUAAGCAUUCUUUACUUAUUCUAUUUUACAAUUCUCUUCUAAAUAUUUCACAAAGUAUGAAACAGUUGCUUCGUACUUACAUGACUUAGUGUUAUUCUGUCGGUGUUAGUUAGAUUAUUAAAAUGAGAAUAAAAAACUAUAAUGAACGUGUAUAAUGGGGAUACAGACUGUAGCCACACGAAAGAUAAAUAUUAUUAAAAAAAAAUAAUUAUAUAAAAUGAAAAUA